AUGGCCUGCGAGGUCCAGCCAGAGAUUGCCGCUUACCGCCAUUUUGCACAUCCGCGGCAGGGUGAGCGUGCGCUGGCGCGGGGUUGCUGGCGGGAGCUCCAGCCACAGCUGGCGGGGCAUGCCGGUGGCAGCAGCAGAAUUACAAUGUCGGAGAUAUUCAUCAAGGCAGGUUCUCCGGGACAAAAAGACAAAAAGGAGUUAACGAAUUUCUGCUUGGCAAAUAUUUGCCCUCGUUUGAAUUCCAUCCACCGCAAAAUGGAUCCUCGCAUGAAUGAUCUCCUGAAGUGGAGUAUUGAGAAUUCGGAUGCCGCCCGACGACCAACAGAUUCCAAUGAUCCCUCGUCGGCGCCUCCGCCGUCAACUCGUGGUCUCGAUCCGGAGGUUCUGGCAGCUCUUUUUGGUGGUCCCUCCGAUGCCGAACUGAUGAAGGAAUCCAUGGCCGCUCUGCUCUCGGAUGAGGUGGACUUGGAAAACAAGCUGAUCGCCUUCGACAACUUCGAGCAGCUGGUGGAGACGAUUGAUAAUGCCAACAACAUGGAACCGUUGGGGCUGUGGACGCCUCUCAUCGGGCUCCUCCAGCACAAGGAACCGGACAUGCGGCGCAUGGCCGCAUGGUGCGUUGGUACAGCCGUGCAGAAUAACCAGAAGGGUCAGGAUAAGCUCCUUGUUCUCAACGCUCUUCCGACCCUCCUUUCUCUCUCAACCUCUGAUCCCGACCCCCAAGUCCGCAGAAAAGCCAUCUAUGCUCUGUCUUCCGCAGUGCGCAAUUAUCAGCCUGCCAUGGACGAGCUUGUCAAACAUUUACCUGCAGGGUAUGCCCCAGCAGACCGAGUCGAUGCCGGAGACAUGAAAGCUGUGGACGCUAUCAUGGAUAAACUCAAGGCGCACCCUGUUGAGUCUUCAUGA